GUGGAACACAGUGGGUGGGGAGGGCUGGGACCCUGGGAGCACUCCAUAUGGGUCCUCCCUCAUUUGUACCUCCUGGUACUGGGAGCUCAAUGCUGACCUUACACCACCAGCCUUGACCUCAUUUCCACUCAUCUGUUGGACAUGGCAGGUCAGGCUGAGUCGGGUAGGAGGAGCCACCUAAGCAGGGGAAUGCAACACAGAAUGUUGGAGAUAAGCUGCAAGAACACCCUCCCUUUGAGGGCAAGACAGUAAAGGUUAGACCAUUACCCCAUCCAUCCCAAGGAAAGAUUCCACGGAGCUGGGUGGCUUUGGCUUGUGUCUCAAGAAGUAGAAGGCAAGAUGGCAGUCCACUUACCCCUGUGAACUGAGGAUCAGGCUAAGCCACCUCCCGGACACCGGGGGCAGCCACCACUGUCUCUUUCCCUUUGACUCCUGUCUGCACCCCUCCCCCAGGCUGCUGGCAUAGUUAAUUGGCCACUAGAGGAGAGACGCCCUAGCCAAGAUUCAAGGCCCAGCUUCUAGCAGCCUCCCAGUAGGCUUAUUUGUCGGUGAACCCCAAGCUUGUACUAGGACAUUCUAGGUCUCCUCCACCUCUACCUCCCACGCCUGUGCAACCUGUUCCGUGCUUGGUUGGCUUCUGGCCUGAGGAGCCCUUUAUAUCCUAUGUUGUGAGGCCCAUGGACACCGGGCCAAGGCUACUGGAGGCCUGCUGCACAGCUUCAAGAGCAUAGGGAAAGAGGGGAGCAUGCAGCAGCCCCGGGGAUCCUCAGACUCUGGUCCCUAAGGAUGCAAGAAAAGAGCCCCAGGCCUGGGGGAGGAUUAUGUGUGGCCUUGAAAUUGUAGGGUCGGCGUCCAGCAACUAAAGCGUCCGUUCCUGCGUCAGGAAGCACAGCCAGGCAGAGCCCAGGGUAGCGGCCUCGAAUCUCUGAAGCCCUAACCAACCUACCCUGGGGACCACUACGUCUCUUCGUGCCAAGAGCCAACCAGGACCUUGGCCCCGCCUCACUCCAGAAAGCCAACAAAGCACAAGACCCGCACCACUUCCGCCCAGGGCCGGAAAUGUCUAGGAAAGUGGCGCUCACAGUGCGUGCUGACGCACUUCCUCCUCAUGUCCCGGCCCGGGCGACUUCCGACAGGCGACGGGGCAGGCCUCAACCCUUUGCGAUUGGCAGUUAGCCCUGGAGUAUUGUGGGAAUCGUGGCUCCGCCUUUUCCCCUUUCGUCAUUUCUGGGUGGCUUUCCGUGUGCGCUCCGGUCUUCUGGAUGGCACGCUUGUUAGGGUUACAAGUCCCGGCAGGCAUUAGGCAGGAACCCAUUGCCUUCUGGGAGUUGUAGUUUCUCGGGCGCUGAAGCCAUGAAAAUCUGCUAGCCCGAGACUCGGUUUCCCAGGAACCCGAGCGAGAUUGGACAGGACCGAAUCCCGGGGAACUGGCGGGACGCUGCAGGAAAGGCGGCAGGGUAUUGAAGCGGGUACGGACGCUGGAACGGUGAGCACUGGCCUCCCUAAGGCCGCGGCCAGGGCCUUCCCGUGCCUGUUUCUGCGAGCCCUCCGUCCGGACCCGGGUGGCGCCUGCCGUGUGUACCCAGAGAGGCUGCGCUUUACUGAGAGCCCGUGAUGGGACGAGCAGCUGAUGGAGAUCUCCUGUCACCAGCAUCUCCCAGCGCUCAUCUAUUGUAUGUCCACACUGUUAUGAUCUCAUGGUUGACUCUCUCCUUAACCCCACCUAACCUGCAGCUCCUGUAUCUGUGCGCGCUAGGAUACCCUUUAACCACCCAGCUUCGCGAGGCCUCUCGUCCGGCUGUGGGACGGGUGUCAGGUCGUAUGGCGGAGACAGAGGCUGGCCUGGAGGCUGAGGAACCCACCGAGGAUGACACCCUGCCUUCUGACACCGUCUCCCUCAGCGACUCGGACUCUGACCUUAGUUUACCUAGUGGUGUGGAGGUCCAAGUAUUGUCCCCAGAGAGGCUUUCCGGGGAGGGCCAGGAGGACUCCGGCCCUGAUGACCCUCCCUCGCCCCCCACGGGCACCCUCACCACUGCAGUGCAACCGUUCCACCUCCGAGGCAUGAGCUCCACCUUCUCCCAGCGCAGCCACAGCAUCUUUGAUUGUCUGGAGAGUGCGGCCCGGCAGGCACCGCCCUCUGCUCCCCAAACCAGUGUGAGUGACAAUGGCAGCUUCAGGCGGCCUGUGACUCCCCCAAGUCAGACUCCAGCAAGGAGCCUGAGCAGAGUGCAUGGGAGCACUGGCCCGACCAGGGUACCCCCUGUCCCUGACUAUGUGUCACACCCUGAGCGUUGGACCAAAUACAGCCUGGAAGAUGUGUCCGAAGCCAGUGAGCAGAGCAAUCGUGAUGCUGCCUUGGCCUUCCUGAGCUCUCGAAGCCAGGCGUCCCCCACAGACUAUGUACCUUCUUUCAACCAGAACCCCUCUAGCUGUGGGGAGGGAAGAGUGGUCUUCACCAAACCAGUGAGGGGCAGUGAGACUAGGGCUGAGAGGAAGAGGGUCCUAAAGAAGGGGGUUGUGUCAGGUGCUGGGGGUGAGGCCGCUGUGGAGCUAGCCCAUCUCGCCGGACCUGAGGCUGAGGAAUGGAGUGGCCACCAGGGACAGCCAGAGGUGGUGGUACCUUCAGAAGCUGCCCAUCCUGAGUCCUCAUCAGGCCCCAUAGGUAUGAAGGCUGUUGGUUUCCAUGGCAGCAAGAAGCGGAGCAGAGACCACUUCCGGAACAGGGACAGUAACCCCGAGGGGCCAGGGUCUGAGAGAGGACCCUCAGUUUGACUGCAGAGCUGUCACUCCACCCCUCACCUGCUAGUACAGGUGGGAAGGUGUGGACUUUCUGUAUAGUAGGGGGAUGUUUACAGCAGCUUUGGCAGAGAUUGUGGGAAUUGUGGGUCAGGGGACCUCGAAGGCCUUUGUGCCCCAGUGUUUAGGAUGAAUAAUAAAAAUCUGGAAUAUUUC